GCCCGCCCCUUCUCACCUGAGUACCUGACACAGGCAGCUCCCUCCAACCCAUGCACCUCCAGCUUUGACAGCCACUUCCACUUACCUCUCGCCAUCUCCCUCUCCUGCAGCAGCAGCAGCAGCAGCAGGCAUGAACAUGACUAGCCCCAGGCUAAAGCUCUUCGGCUUCCACGUCUCCGAGGAGGAGCACGAGCUGGGGCCGGAGGCGGCCGAGCAGGAGGACGCGCCGGCGUGCGGCAACGGCAGCGGCGGCGGCGGCGGGUCGGACUCCUCCUCGUCGUCGACGACCACCACGACCACGGCCACGGCGGCCGGCGACGGGCGGAGGUACGAGUGCCAGUACUGCUGCCGCGAGUUCGCCAACUCGCAGGCGCUGGGCGGCCACCAGAACGCGCACAAGAAGGAGCGGCAGCAGCUCAAGCGCGCGCAGCUGCAGGCCGCGGCAGCCGCCGCCGGCCGGGUCGCGGGCGGGGCCGCCGCGCUCUACCCGCGCGCCAACCCGAUGGUGUCGGCCUUCGCUCCGCCGCCGCACCUCCUCGGCGGCGGCGGCGGCGGCGGCGGCGACGCGGCGCCCACGAGCUGGGUCUACUUCUCCCCGCGCGCCGUCGCCGUCGCGGGCGGGCCGCAGGGCCAGCAGUUCCACGUCUCCCACGGCUGCGUGUUCCCGUCCCGCGGCGCCCCGGCCGCGGCCGUGACCGCCUCGCCGGCCGUGUUCUCCUACACCCCGGCGCCCUCCGCCGCCGCCGCCUCGGCGCCCUACGUGGCGGACGACCACGGCGGGCGGCGGGUCCACGCGAGCCCGGUGGCUACCCUGGCGAGGUACCCCGGCCCCGGGAUGGUGGUGGUGGAGCCUGUCGUCGCCGGGCCGGAGGACGCCCUGGGGCUGGAUCUCCAGCUGAGCCUGGCGCCGGCCGGCUUGUGACCUGGCCGGCUGGCUCUCGCCUACGUCGCCGACGCGCCGGUCGAGAUCACCGCGCGCGCGCGAUCGAACUGCCACGGCUGCCGCGGUAAAAAAGAAUUAAUCACCUACUAGUCGUCCUACCACUACUACUACUGAAGCCUGUACUGAGAUCGUCCCUGGCUAGGUAAUUAGCACUAGUAAUUAUAUAUGUUUAGUUGUUGGGAUUUGGAGAUGGAGCUGCAGCCUGUAGCAUGCAUGUAAGCUAAGCUAGCUAAGCCGCCGCCUGUAAGCUAGACUCCGGUUCUUGGUAUGCAUGAUGAUGAUGAUCUGAACGACGAUGGCCAUGCCGGCCCUGUAAAUUUUUGGUUGAUCCACCCAUCCAUCAAUCUGAUCUCCCAUUUCUUCAUUA